UCGCCAGUUCGCAACGACUUGAGCACGAUUAGUGUGCAGUGCACUUGGGCUGUUUAUGCUGAAAACAAAUCCAGUACUGACCCUUUGGACGGUGGCUUCGCGAAUGAAUAGUAAUUUCGCGAAUGCAGUUCGCGCGCGGCCAAUUAAACUGCCUCAAUUAGACAAUCGGUGAAACUGCAUUUCGCGGAACAAACGUCCCGUUUGCGUUGCAGUACCGUAGCAGCAGUUGGGAAGAUCGUUCAAACCGUUCUAGUACAAGUGUUUAUGGAGUGUCGUAUUAAGCUGAUUCCAGAAAUUCUUAAAACUGUGUAAAACUUGUAAAAUAUGAAAAUUGGUUGACAUCAAAAUGAAGAUCAGGCUACUCAUCUCGGCGUUGAUGUUGGCUUUGCUGAAUUUUGCAAAUGCCGGUGGUCCUCGGUGUGUGGCAAAAUUUGACUACGGAAUUGGCGUGGGGCUGCUCAAGGAAACGUUUACCAACCGGUUGUACUGUGCGUACUUGGGCAUUCCUUAUGCCCAGCCACCGCUGGGGGAGCUAAGGUUUGAAGAUCCCGUCCCUUUCGUCUUCGACGGAUCGGCCACGUUCGACCGGGUGGCCGAGCCGUGCGUUCAGGACCUGAACGGUCGCAUCGUUGGCAGCGAGGACUGCCUCGGCCUUAACGUGUACACCACGUACGUCCGCGUCAGCAAGCGGCCCCGCCCCAUAAUGCCGGUGCUGGUGUGGAUCCACGGCGGAAGCUUCACCGAGGGCUCGUCCGAAACCGACAUCUACGGGCCGGAGUUUCUGCUGGACGAGGAUGUUAUCGUGGUUACAUUCAAUUAUCGGCUGGCCUCGUUCGGUUUUCUGGGCGUCGAUGAUUUAGACAUUUCGCCGAAUCUGGGCUUGCGGGACCAAACGGAUGCCCUUCGGUGGGUCAGUCGUAACAUUAGACGAUUCGGCGGUGAUCCGAGGCGAGUCACGUUGGUUGGGUGGAGUGCGGGUUCGGCGGCAGCCACGUACCACCUCUACUCGGAGGCAUCGAAGGGAUUGUUCCAGCGGGUAAUAGCCAUGAGUGGAACGAUGAGUCAACCGUGGGCGUACAAUUUCAAGGCGGAGUGGUGCAGCAAUCAGUAUCUCAAGCAAAUUGACGCCACAACCAAGGAAGAGCUGAAAGCGCGCCCGGCGAAAUUUAUGGUCCCGAUUGACGGGCUUAAAUUUUACUACUUCACAGUCAGCUACGUGUGCUACAUGCCGAGCGGAGAUCCGAUUUAUGCUCCCCGAAAUGCGUACGAGCUGGCCAGGACGAUGGCCCCGGUCAGCGACGUCCCGCUGCUUGUCGGAAGCACCGCGGUUGAGCACCAGAAUCUAUUCAAUCAGCGUCGAUUUGAUAUGGCUCAAUCCAAUUAUCCAAAUGACAACGCCACCACGUACGAACGGCUCGUGGACUAUCUGGAACGACGCCGGGGUGGGAACCGGACUGCGGCGACCUUCUACCGAAAGCUGGCGAGCUUUGCUGACUUCAGUUACGGCCUGCAGUUCUUUGUGGAGCAUGCCUCGCGCCACUUUCGCGCUCCCAUCUAUCGGUACCAGUUUGCGUUUGAUGGCCCGUUCGGGUAUGCCAAAAACGUCUACUACAGGUCAUCGAUUGCACAUCGGAUGCCCGGCGCCAUGCACGGCGAUGACCUCGGGUACCUGUUCACGCCGCACAACUACCGGAGCCUCAUUACGGAAGGCCGUCUCAACAACUCGCUCAUCCAAAGAUCGGUGAAAACGCAACGCCGCAUGGUCCGGCUGUGGACCAACUUUAUCAAAACCGGAAAUCCAACGCCCAACAAUGGCCGAAUCAAUCAGACAAUAUGGCACCCUUACAACGACCGGACCAACCCCCAGCAGGCCCGCAAGUACCUCAACAUCGACCGGCGGCUCCGGCUGGUGCGGGACAAGGUUCCGGCCAAUUACUACUUCCGGCUGUGGCGGACCGUUUUCGACUGUCUGUACUACUUCGAGUGUGACUUUUUGUACGACGGGGAAGUUGGAGGGGGUAACGGUGACCGAAACUAGAAUAAGAUAUUAAAGUUAAGUAGUUUAUUUGUGCCCUUUAAGCGAGUAAUUAACAUUUUCAGUAUCUUUAAGGUGAAACGGGACGCCAGUUCUUUUAAAACUUCUGUUCAACUGAAAUCAAUUUCUUAAAUCGACAGAUUGCUUGCAGAACUUCGUACGUUACGGCAAACGAUUGAUACUGUCAGAGAAAGUGAUCUACUUUCUGCCAUUUCAAUUACCGACGUCACAUUCAACACCCUUUCACUUACAAAUCUAAAAAGUACUACUAUAAUUCCGACAUAACAACAGACAUGAUGGUUGAUUUCAGCAUGAAUACUUCAAAAUACACAAUUUUCCGACCAAUUA